UCGGCCAUCGUCCACACCGCCAGCAAGCAUCCUCGCUUCGGCUCUCGAGCAAUAGACAAACAUAAACAACAAGGCUCCAAAGGACCAACGAGCUGUACACACGAGUCCACAUCUAAAGAGCUGCAACGAAAGAGAAAUCCGCGCCUCUCUUGUUUGCCGGCCUCUCUCGCUGCACUUGUGAGGAAAAGGGGAGAAGGAGGAGGUGGCUGCCCUGCUCCACACACCGGCCGAGUCUAUAUAUUUGCCGGGUGCAGUCGCGAAAAUCUUGUGUACGAGCGUAUUUUACCCGCGGCAGAGUGACGAAGUGACGCAGAGGCAGUGAGAUAUUGCGCGGGUGCUGCUUUUCGCGGCUGGAAGCCUUGUCGGGCUUUACAGUGAUUCUUUGGGUGAAUACCCGGGGCUGCGGCGCUCGAUGUGAUUGUGCUGAGAGGGGAUUUUUUCGAAACUCACGACUGCAGCCAUGUACAGCUCGACGGUAACGCAAUUCGAGGAAGCUCCGAAGAAGAAGGUCGAGGAAGACUCGGAACCAUCUUCUUUGCCGGUCAAAGAGGAGGGUGAGCAACCUUGGAUCUGGAGGAACAUAAUCGGCAUCGCGAUCCUCCACGUCCUCGCCGUCUACUCAUUCGCCACCAGGUAUCACGAAGCCAAGCUGGGCACCUGGAUAUUCAGUCCAAUUUGGGGGAUAACAGCGGGUCUGGGUAUCACCGCGGGAGCUCAUCGCUUGUGGGCCCAUCGAAGCUACUCGGCCAAAACGCCUCUGAGGAUAUUCCUGGCUAUCCUGUACUGCAUGGCUGGAAUGACGCACUUCCACAAAUGGAUCCGGGAUCACAGGACCCAUCACAAGUUCACGGAGACCGCGGCCGACCCGCACGACGCCAACCGCGGCUUCUUCUUCUCGCACGUGGGCUGGCUGAUGAUGAAACGUCAUCCGGCCGUUAAGAAGUACGGCAGUAAGGUGGACAUGAGCGACAUCGAGGCCGACCCCGUUAUCCAGUUCUUCGACAAGUACUACGAGCCGAUCAUGCUGUCCCUCACCUUCGUCAUCCCGACGCUUAUACCGGUCUACUGCUGGGGCGAGAGCUGGUACUGCGCCAUCCACUCGGUCAUCAUACGCUACGUAUGGCUGCUCAACGCGACCUUCCUCGUCAACAGCUUUGCCCACAUGUGGGGCAACCGGCCCUACAACAGAAACGUCAAGCCGACGGAGAACGCGACGGUGUCGUUCUUCACCCUCGGCGAGGGCUGGCACAACUACCACCACUCGUUCCCCUGGGACUACAAAGCAGCCGAGCUUCCGGGCUACGGUCUCAACGCGAGUACGGGCUUCAUCCAGGCGAUGGCUUGGUUGGGACUGGCCUACGAUCUCAAGACGCCCAGCAAAGAGCUCAUCGAGAAGGUCAGCGUGAACAAGGGCGACGGUACCGCCAGCAAGUGGGGCAACGAUCACCACAGACGACAGCGAGAACAGCAGAAGAAGGUCAAGACUCGUUGAAGAUCGAAAUAACUGGUAAGAAGAGUUUAGGAGUUAACGCUGCCGUUGUGCGCAGGAAAAUGGGUUAUUUAUUUCGGUUAUAAGUGAAUUCAGUGCCUUAAAGAUCAAACGCUCGUAAGUCAUCAUUAUUUCUUUGAGAAACCGUAGAUCGAUUUCUAUUCUGGGUAUUUUCAUUCUAGCACACACGACCUCUGUGAAUACACGAUGUAAUUUAAUGUUGAUAAUUUUGAAGUAUGUAUAUUUCAUGAAUUAAUAAAGUUACCAUGUAAUAAUACACCAA